AUGAUUGCAAGUUCUGUGAAUGAUCAGAACAUGAUAAUAAAAAUAAAUUCAUCUAGUGUUUCCACAGGGUCUGAGAAUGAUCGUCCAGAUAGAUUCCUCGAUUCUCAGUUGUAUAUUGUGUUGGAGUUUGGGCAUGGAGGAUGUGAUUUGGAAAGUUACAUUUUCAACAAUGCCAGAGAUGCUUUGGCAAUUUUUUAUCAGAUUGCAUACAGUCUGGCUGUUGCUGAAGAAGAGUUGGAAUUUGAACAUCGAGAUCUUCAUUGGGGCAACGUUUUAGUUGCUCAGACGCCAGAGGCUUCUAUUAGUUUUAAGCUGCGUGGAGAGUCCUAUACCCUUCAGACUCAUGGACUAAAAGCAACAGUGAUUGAUUUUACUCUGUCACGGAUGAAAUUGCCAAAUUGUAUAGUAUAUAACAAUUUGGCAGAUGACCCUUCACUGUUCACUGCAGAGGGUGAUUAUCAGUUUGAUGUCUACAGGCAAAUGAGAGAGAGCAAUAAGAAUGAAUGGGAGAAGUACACGCCAUACACUAAUGUGUUGUGGCUUCACUACAUACUGGACAAGAUGGUGUCAGGAUGUUACUUUAAAAAUGUGAAGACCAAAGUACACAAGACUCAUUAUGCACAACUUAAAAAGUUGAAGCAGCAGAUGUUAAAUUAUAAGACUGCGGCAGAAUUUCUUAUAAUGAGAGAGCUGGAUGUAUGACUUUAAAACAAUACAGGUUUUCAUGGUUAUAUUACAGAUAAAUAUUUUUAUAAUUUUAGGAGAUACUGAUGUUUAUUUUGUAUACAUUUGUAAAAUGCAUAACGGGGACCAUAUUUUGCAGAUAGAUAUAUUCAGAGUUGUAUCCCCUUUCAACUAUUAUAUAUUAUACAUAAUGAGAAAAGAGCUUUGUUUUGAUCUGUCAUAUUGUUACAAAAAUUUUUUAUAUAUUUUAUUAAAAAUGUAGCACUGUAUGACUUUUGAGUUUAGUGAUUAGUUUGAUUAUAACAAAAUUUACUCUUAAUAAAAUAUAAUCAGGUGUGCAUCUUGCCACUGUCCUUUCUGUGAAUAAUUUUUUUUAUACUUUUAUUAUAGUGUUCCUGACUUGAGGUAAGUCAUAAGUUUUAAGGGAGUUCUCACUCUGCAUAUAGACACCAACCAAAUAAAUGUCUGGCUUUGGGUGAAGCUGUCUAUGCCGUUCCUAUCCAGGUUAAGCAACUGGAUGGGGAUUGGAUGAAUGAUUCUUAAGUUGAUAGGAAGCGAGACAUGGUUUGUUUUCAGUGAAACCUUUAUGAUAUAAAGUAUUCUUGAUAAAGUUCAGUCCUGGAUGAUAUGUAAUAAAGGUUUCACUGCAAACAUAGUGUCUAUCUUUAAGCUUGUGCCAUUAUUCAUUGUCCCCAUCCAGUUACUAGCCAAAUCCAUCUGCUUAACCCAACUGACCCAGCAAUGCACACAUGCAAUAUCUGCUUUCACAUUAUCAGUGUACUGUACUUUUGACAUUACUAUUUUAGUGUCAGAAUAAGAUCAGUAGUUUACUUGUAAAUUAGGAGCACUGUACAACAUUAACUGAUUUGGAGGAUUAACUGCUGAAAGUGGCAUGACUUUGUGGUAUCUAGCAAAAAACAUUGUUUUUGACUUGUGGAUGCAUGGAAGGAGUUUGAUGUUCUGGCAUAUAUGCUAUCCUGAGUUGUGGGGCCAAAAAGUCUGUGUAUUAAGUUUGUAAACUUUCAGAAAAAAGUCAAACAUGUAAACUGACAAAAAUAUGUACCGUGUAACAAUGACUAAUGACUGUAAUCAUUGUGACAUCAUUCACAGUGAGGCUUUAUUUGGUCUGUUAUAAUACUGUGAAGUGAUUAUAAAAAUCUUUCUAUUCUGAUCAUCAAUAAAUAAUUUUCUCAUUA